GUCAGCAGUCCAUCUGUACUGUCCGCCGAGUCUCUGGUCAUCCCUGUGCUGUCCGCUAGUCUCUGGUCAUCCCUGUGCUGUCCGCAGUCUCUGGUCAUAACUGUGCUGUCCGCAGUCUAUGGUCAUCCCUGUGCUGUCCGCAGUCUCUGGUCGAUCCCUGUGUCGCUGUCCGCAGUCUCUGGUUCAUUCUUGUACUGUGUCUGCAGUCAGCAGUCAUCUCCUAUACUGUCCGCAGUCUCUGGUCAUCUCCUGUACUGUGUCCGCAGUCUCUGGUCAUCUCCUGUA